AUGGCUUCGGAGCUGGACGUGCGCGCCCGGCUGCAGCGCGCCGGCCAGGAGCACCUCCUGCGCUUCUGCGCCGAGCUGGCGCCGGGGCCGCGUGCCGCGCUGCUGGCCCAAUUGGAGCCCCUGGAGCCCGAGGCGCUGCGCGAGCACUGCCGGCGCGCGGCCGCCGCCUGCGCGCGCCCCCUGGCCCCCGCGCCUGACCUGGCCGCGCGCCUGCGGCCCCUGCCUCCCGAGCGCGUAGGCAGCGCGAGCGGGGUCGCCCCCCAGACGCGGCGGCUCUGGGAGGAGGAAGGUUUCCACCAGAUCGCCCUGAACAAGGUGGCCGUGCUGCUGCUGGCUGGUGGGCAGGGCACUCGCCUGGGCGUGACCUACCCCAAGGGCAUGUAUCAGGUGGGGCUGCCCAGCCAGAAGACCCUGUAUCAGCUGCAGGCAGAACGGAUUCGGCGGGUGGAGCAGCUGGCUGGCGAGCGCUAUGGGACCCGCUGCACCGUGCCCUGGUACAUCAUGACCAGUGAGUUCACUCUGGGGCCCACAGCCAAGUUCUUCGAGGAGCAUGACUUCUUUCACUUGGACCCCAACAACGUGGUCAUGUUUGAACAGCGCAUGCUGCCUGCUGUGACCUUCGAUGGCAGGGCCAUCCUGGAGCAGAAAGACAAGGUUGCCAUGGCGCCAGAUGGCAACGGGGGCCUGUACUGCGCGCUGGCGGACCACCAGGUCUUAGAGGACAUGGAGCGGCGCGGAGUAGAGUUUGUGCACGUGUACUGUGUGGACAACAUCCUGGUGCGACUGGCCGACCCCGUCUUCAUCGGCUUCUGCGUGCUGCGGGGUGCCGACUGUGGAGCCAAGGUGGUGGAAAAGGCGUCCCCCGAGGAGCCGGUGGGCGUGGUGUGCCAGGUAGACGGCGUCCCGCAGGUGGUGGAGUACAGCGAGAUCAGCCCCGAGACGGCCCGGCUGCGUGCGCCCGGAGGGGGCCUGCUCUACAACGCGGGCAACAUCUGCAACCAUUUCUUCACGCGAGACUUCCUCCAGAUGGUCACCAGGGAGUUCGAGCCCUUGCUGAAGCCACACGUGGCUGUGAAGAAGGUCCCCUACGUGGACGAGGAGGGGAAUCCAGUAAAGCCACUCGAGCCCAAUGGGAUAAAGAUGGAGAAGUUCGUGUUUGAUGUGCUCCCGUUUGCCAAGAACUUCGUGGCCUUCCAAGUGCUGCGGGGGGAGGAGUUCUCCCCUCUAAAGAACGCUGACUCAGCUGAGAGAGACAACCCCUCCACGGCGCGGCGGGCCCUGCUCGCUCAGCACCACCGGUGGGCCCUGCAGGCGGGAGCCCACUUCCUGGACGCACACGGGACCCGGCUCCCCGAGCAGCCCAGCCCACCGGGCAGUGGAGAGCCUCCGGCCAUCUGCGAGAUCUCGCCCUUGGUGUCAUACUCUGGAGAGGGACUGGAGGUGUACCUGCGAGGCCGGGAGUUCGGGUCGCCGCUCAUCCUGGACGUGGACACGGCCAGGACACUGCAGGCCUGACUCCCUCCUAGACCUGCCGGCCCCGGGGUCCCCAAGGCUGAGGAAGCAGCCCCGGCCUGGGCUCCAAGGAGGAAAGCAGGCUGCUCUGAGUUCCUGACUGCAGAACAUGGACCGCAGAAGCAAGCAUGCUGGUUCACUCCACGAGGGCGGGGACUGUCCCGCCACCGGUCCCCUGGACCCGAGUGACCGCAGGCCUGCUGUGGGCCCUCUCGGCCUCUCUGGCUCUGCUCCUGCUGUGGGGCCCGGACCGCAGGCAGGGGGACCUGCGCAGCGGGGCUCAGAGGAGGCUGAUGGGGCCCGAGGGAGGUGCGGCAGCAUCGGCUGAGAGCCGCACCGGCCUGUCUGAGCUGAGACCUGAUGGGACAGGACGGGGCAGGGCCGCACGGUGGCUCCUCGGCCCCAGGCAAAGCCACACCGUGCUUUUCUGCAGAGAUGAGGACAGUGUCCUCCCCUCCCAGGGUGACA